AUGGAAUCGCAUUAUGUAUGCCCCAAAGAAUUCUUGGCGUCACAACCACCAAAUAAAACGGCACCAGGACAUGUAAGUCCCCUGAUCUCUGUUAUAGGGCCUGGCGAUUCUGGAAGUUCUGUGUUAGUGGGAAGUCUGCUCAAAGUUGCGGGGGUACCUGCCAUCAGUUUCGGUGCUACCAGUGAGGAAUUGAGCUCACCAUUUUACAAGCACUUUUACAGGACCGUGCCUUCGGACAAGCAGCAAGCGAGUGCCAUGGCGGAUUUGUUUGAAUAUUUCGGUUGGAACUAUGUUGGGGCGGUUGCUGUUGAUGACUCAUAUGGCAGGUAUGGCGUGUGGGCUCUUGAAAAGGAAUCGUUUACAAGAAAAUCAUUUUGCAUUGCGCUGUCAGAAUACAUCCCGCGUUUAAACUAUAUGAACAAGAUUAAAAUUAUUAUAUCAAAGCUGAAGAGAGAAAGAAAAGUUAAAGUCAUUGUUCUUUGGCUAUUUGGCGGCUAUGGAAAAAGGUUUUUAAAAGAAGCAGAAAAGCAGCAAAUUUUCGACCGUACCUGGAUUUUAAGCGAUGCCCUUGCAUCUGAGCAACCGAGGCACGUCCGUACUAUCUUCAAUAUCCUAGACGGAUCCUUAGGAAUACAGCCCCGAUUUUACCAAAGCAAGGACUUUGAAUCCUAUUUAUCUACUUUCGCCCCGAAGGAUGUGAAGGAAAAACGCCUUUCGCACUGGUGGGAAGACGUAUGGAGAGGUGAAUUGAAUUGUUCAGUAAAUCAAUCUAAAGGUUUGGAUAUCUGCAAAGAGAACACGACAUUGUCUUGGCGAGUAAUUCCUAAAUUGUACGAUACCUUCCUCCCCUAUGUCAUUGAAGCAGUGUAUGCCGUUGCACACGCUCUUCAUAAGCUAUAUUUCUGCGUAGAACCGUAUGGUCUUCUUCCGGGUGGCAAAUGUCUCGAUACUAGCGCAACUGUGAAACCGCUUGAUGUCGAUUUGUACUUAAGAAACGUUUCAUUUCAAGGUUUACUAGGCAAGGUUGAAUUUGACGAGGCCGGUGACCCUUUGAUCUCGUCUUAUGACAUCAUCAACUUCCAAAAGCGAUCUGGAAGUGGCGAUGAACGAUACCAGAAAGUAAUUGUGGGUUCAUGGGAUAAGACUUUCAAGAAAAGACUCCACGUUGACAAUGAAAAGAUCAAAUGGAGCAGCAGUUUUUAA